AGUGACAUUCAGAGUUUGCUGAGAAGAGAAAAGAAACCUCAGCAAAGCGCGCGGAACAGAUACUGAGCAGGGAACGCGGACACAGUGCUCUCUCCUGUGCCCUGCCUUCUGUCAUCUGGCUGGGAUUUCUCAGCGCCUAAUACGAUUGACACGGAAAAAGAAAGACGCUGGGCAACACUCUCCAGGGAAUGGCAAUGGAAACACGGCAAAAACAAGGCCAGGCGGCAGAAUGGCAAGUGCUCUCCUUUCCCUUCUUGCUGGCUCUGCUCUGCGGGGCGGUCUCGGCGCAGAUUCGCUAUUCGGUCCCCGAGGAAAUGCCCAAAGGGUCCCUCGUGGGCAAUCUCGCCAAGGAUCUGGGGCUGACUGUGCGAGAACUGGCUGAUCGCAGGCUCCGGGUUGUCUCUGCAGCCAGAAGACAAUACUUCACGGUGAAGGGCGAAAACGGGAACCUGUACGUGAGUGACCGGAUAGACCGGGAGUAAAUCUGCGGGAAGGCCCCGCUCUGCGCUCUCGCUUUCGAAGCCGUGGUGGAAAAUCCACUGAACGUUUUCCACAUCAACGUCGAGAUCCAGGACAUCAACGACAACGCGCCGCGCUUCAUACAAGAUAAAAAUACCCUCGAGAUCAAUGAAUUGACGCUGCCAGGAGCCCGCUUUCUCCUCGGAAAUGCAGAAGACCCGGACGUGGGCUCCAACUCCCUGCAGAGUUACCAGCUCAGCUCCAACGCCAACUUCGUGCUGGAGGUCAGGGAGAGCCAGGACGGGGAAAAGUACGCGGCGCUGGUGCUGCAGAAGCCUCUGGAUCGGGAAAGGCAGCCCGGGCUGCACUUGGUCCUCACGGCAGUGGACGGGGGGCAGCCCGCCAGAACCGGCACGGCUCGCGUCUGGGUCAACGUCACCGACGCCAACGACAACGCGCCCGUCUUCACCCGGGACGUCUACAAGGGGCGCGUGCGGGAGGGCGCCCCCGCGGGCUCCCUCGUGCUCCAGCUGAACGCCUCCGACAGCGACGAGGGCGCCAAUGCGCAUGUCUCCUACGGGUUCAGCAAAGUUCCCGGGAAGGUCCGAAAGAAAUUCAGCCUGGAGGCGGAAACGGGGAGGAUCACGCUGCUGAACUGCGAGCUUAUAGUGGGGCAUGACAUGAAGCUGUAUGGAGUGGAAGUCGAAAUCGUAGAUAUAAACGACAACGCUCCGAGCUUCCAAACAGGGGAAAUGGAAUUAAAAGUCAGUGAGACAACAGCCCCAGGAUCCCGGUUCCACUUGCGCAAUGCGCAGGAUCCAGAUUUGGGGACUAAUUCUCUCCAGAGCUACAAACUGAGAAGUAACGAACAUUUCUCCCUGCAAACUGUAUCUGGGGGUUUUAAAUACCCCGAAUUAGUGCUCGAGAAGCCCCUGGACCGGGAAGAGCAGGCUGCUCACGACCUCAUCCUCACCGCCACUGACGGCGGAGAUCCGGUCCGCUCCGGCACGGCGCGGAUCCACGUGGUGGUGCUCGAUGCCAAUGACAACGCGCCCGUGUUCAGCCAGCCGCUCUACCGCGUGAGCGUGCGGGAGAACGUGCCCGUCGGGACCACGGUGGCUACAGUGAAAGCCACGGAUCUGGACGAAGGAGUUAGCGGAGACGUGACAUACUCCUCGCAAAUCACAGACCAGGCUUCCCAAAUAUUUCAGUUGGACCCUGGGACAGGAGAUAUAACGGUGUUCAGGAACCUGGACUUCGAGGAAACCAAAUUAUAUGAAAUGCAGCUGCAAGCACACGACGGCGGAGGCCUCUUCGACAGGUCGAAGGUCGUGAUCUCCGUCAGCGACGUGAACGACAACAUCCCCGAGAUUAGGAUCACCUCCCUCCUCAGCUCUGUCCCCGAGGACUCCCCGCCAGGGACCGUGAUCGCCCUCUUGAUCGUGCAGGACCAGGACGCCGGAGAGAACGGCGCCGUCACAUGCACCAUCCCGGACCACGUCCCCUUCCGGCUGCAGAAAUCCUUGGAUAAAUAUUACACUUUAGUGACGGCCAGAGACCUGGACCGGGAGCAGGUGGCGGAUUACAACGUGACGGUCACGGCCCGGGACCGCGGGGCGCCGCCGCUGUGGUCCGCCACGACGAUCGCGGUGCAGGUGUCGGACGUGAACGACAACGCGCCGGCCUUCAGCCAGGCGGCCUACAGCGUGUGGGUGAGCGAGAACAACGCCCGCGGCGCCUCGGUGUUCUGCGCGCGGGCGGCCGACGCGGACUGGGGCGACAACGCCCGGGUGACGUACUGGCUGGCGGAGGGACCGCUGGCGGACGUGUCUCUCACGGCGGGCUCCAGGAAGAGCCAGUGGAGCUUCGGCCCGCCCAGCUCUGCCGGCACCCUGCCUCGGCCGCCGGCGGGACAGGGCAAGGAGCCUGCCCCGGUGGAUAAGGAUUCAAAGGUGUGUGAGGCGGACCAGGCUGCGCUGCAGAUUCGCUAUUCGGUCCCAGAAGAAAAGCCCAAAGGGUCCCUCGUGGGCAAUCUCGCCAAGGAUCUGGGGCUGACUGUGCAAGAGCUGCCUGGUCGCAGGCUCCGGGUUGUCUCUGCAGCCAGAAGACAAUACUUCACGGUGAAGGGCGAAAACGGGAACCUGUACGUGAGUGACCGGAUAGACCGGGAGGAAAUCUGCGGGAAGGCCCCGCUCUGCGCUCUCGCUUUCGAAGCCGUGGUGGAAAAUCCACUGAACGUUUUCCACAUCAACGUCGAGAUCCAGGACAUCAACGACAACGCGCCGCGCUUCAUACAAGAUAAAAAUACCCUCGAGAUCAAUGAAUUGACGCUGCCAGGAGCCCGCUUUCUCCUCGGAAAUGCAGAAGACCCGGACGUGGGCUCCAACUCCCUGCAGAGUUACCAGCUCAGCUCCAACGCCAACUUCGUGCUGGAGGUCAGGGAGAGCCAGGACGGGGAAAAGUACGCGGCGCUGGUGCUGCAGAAGCCUCUGGAUCGGGAAAGGCAGCCCGGGCUGCACUUGGUCCUCACGGCCGAGGCCGAGGCGGCCGGGGCCUCGGACUCGGCGGCCGCCCUGCAGUUCUACUUGGUGCUGGCGCUGGCUCUCGUGUCCUUCCUGCUCCUCCUGGCCGUCGCCCUGGCCGUCCUGGACAGACUGCGGGGGUCAAGGCCUCCCCGCCUGCUCCCGUGCUUGGGCCCGGCCCCUGCUUCCGAGCGCGGCCCCUGGUUCCCGCCGACCUACGAAGACGGCACUUUGCCCUACUCCUACCAUCUGUGUUUGUCCUCCGACGCCGGGAAGGAGGACCUCGGCCUCCUGAAGCCGCAGGUGCCGGCAGCCGGGAGCAUCCUGUGUGGCGCCAGCCCCGGGGUGUUGCCUACGGAGAAUGGCUGUAGCGCCUUCCAAGCCGAGACGGAGACUGCGCGGGAGGUGAGCGUGUGGUUUCAGACUCCUCCUUCUGUGCAGCAAUGAGAUUUAAAAAUCUGGCUCGUGAACGAAUGCAGGAGAUUCUUUUAUAAUAUAAUUUACAACUUAUUUUUCCAGCUCUUCCUUCUUUUGUGUCGCUUCCUUGCGUGUAAACUUCAUUUAGGAUUUUUAUAAUAGGCAAUGUACAGAUGUAAUGCGUCCUCUCUGUCGGAGAGGAGAUGAAGCCUGUUAGUGGAGAGGGACUUGGUGAUGGUUAGCUGAAUAUUCUGUGUGGUGAUAAUUUUGGAGUGUUGUCUACGGGCACUAUGGGUGUAGCAAUUUAAAAGCGGAGGCAGCGGCUACCAUGAAGGUUAGGGCUUUUACUUUAUUAUAAUAAUAGUUUAAUUUUGUUUUAACACUUG